AUGUAUUCAAGAAUUGGAUGUUUGUCAAGCAGGCUUCAUAGAAAAUUUAGCCCUUCUAGUCAUAAAAAAUAUAGUAGUGGAAUUCUGAAUAAGAAAGAAAAUACUUCUAAAGGUAUAUUACCUGGCAAACUUUACCAUGGCUUUAUUUGUAUGGAUAUGGAAACAAUAAAAGAAUAUAACAUGACUGCAUAUCUCUUGACUCAUGAGAAAACUAAGACUGAGUACCUGCAUUUAGAGAGAGAUGAUGCCAACAAUGUGUUUUCGGUUGGCUUCAGAACUACACCUCAAGACUCAAUGGGUACACCUCAUAUUUUAGAACAUACAGUUUUAUGUGGUUCGGAAAAGUAUCCUGUCAGAGACCCUUUCUUUAAAAUGCUAAACAGAUCUCUUGCUACAUUUAUGAAUGCUUUAACAGGGCCAGAUUAUACAUUUUAUCCAUUCUCCUCUCAAAAUGAAAUAGAUUACAGAAAUUUGCAAAAGGUAUACUUAGAUGCUGUGUUUAAACCAAACUUAGAAAGAUUAGACUUUUUACAAGAAGGUUGGAGAUUUGAGCAUGAAAAGUUAGAAGAUAAAUCAUCACCAUUGUUGUUUAAGGGUGUUGUAUAUAAUGAAAUGAAAGGAGCAUUUUCAGAGACCAGUUCAUUAUUUGGACAAAAGUUUUUAAAUUCAAUACUUCCCAAAGGUACAUAUGGUAAUGUCUCAGGAGGAGAUCCAUUAUGCAUUCCCAAAUUGACACAUUCUCAUUUGAAAAAUUUCCAUGCUACUUAUUAUCAUCCAAGCAAUGCAAGAAUUUAUUCAUAUGGUAAUUUUCCAUUGGAACAUAAUUUGAAAUUUUUGAAUGAAAAUUAUCUUAGUAAGUGUGAGUACUUGGAUCCUAACAAUACCAUUGUUAAUCCUCAAGAAAGAUGGAGAAUGAGUCAAAGAACAAAUAUUUCUUGUAGAGUAGACGAGUAUGGUGGACCUAUUGAGAAACAAAAUCAAAUUGCAAUUGGUUAUGUAAUGUCAGACAUUACAAAUGUAUAUGAAACAUUUAUGAUGACAGCUCUUGCUGAAUUGAUGGUAAUAGGACCAAAUUCGGCAUUUUACAAAAGUCUAAUUGAAAAAAAUAUAUCUGGAGGUUAUAAUGCUCUUACUGGUUAUGAUAAUCAAAUUAGAGAUACUUUAUUUGUUGUUGGAUUAAAAGAUGUUGAGAGAACUAAUUUUGAACUCAUAGAGAAGCUUACAAAUCAAACAAUCGAAGAUAUUCAUAAAAAGGGAUUUGAGAGAGAACACAUUGAAAGUGUUCUACAUGGUUUUGAGCUGUCUAUUAAACAUCAAUCACCCAAAUUUGGUCUUAACGUACUUUUUAACCUAAUGCCUCUUUGGAAUCAUAAUGGUCCUAUUUUAAAAGCCCUAAAAGUGAAUGAGUUGUUAGACCAAUUGAAGGCAAACCUACUGGAUUCGCACUAUGUUAAAGAUGUAAUUGAAAAAUAUUUUAUACUUAAUAACCAUAAAUUAAUAAUGACUAUGCAACCCGAUUCUAAGUUUGAUGAUAUCUUUAAUGAAGCAGAAUCAAAAUUACUUAAGUUUAAAAUAAAACAACUCACUAGUGAUGAAAAGGAACAAAUAUUUAGAGAUGGAAUGGAAUUAUCAAGAUCACAAAAGAAAAUUGAAAAUCUUGAUAUCUUGCCAUGCUUAAAAUUAGAUGAAAUAAUGUUAAGUAAGACAGCACCAACUUUGAAACAUACAGUAUCUGGAACAAUUCCUUUGCAACUGUGUGAAGCAAACACUAAUGGAGUUACGUAUUUCAAAGGAGUUCUAGGAACUGAUAAUUUAAAUGCAACUCAAAAACCCCUAUUGCCAUUCUUUACCUAUGUUAUUGAUAAGUUUGAUACUAAGUCCUUCAACUACAGAGACUUUGAUAAGUAUGUUAGUAAAUCAACAUCUGGGUUAAGCUUCACUACACAUGUAACAGAACAUAUUGAUUUAGAAGAACAAUAUGAACAAGGAGUGCUUAUAAGUAGUCAUUGCCUUGACAAUAAUUUGUCAAAAAUGAUGAAUAUUUGGUCUGAAAUUUUCAAAAAACCUAAAUUUGAAAACAGCGAAAGAAUGAAAAUGUUACUGACAAACUACUGCUCAUCUCUAACCAAUGGAAUUAUAGAUAAUGGUCAUGUCUAUGCCAUGCAGGCUGCUCGCUCGUUAGUUUCAUCCGUAGAUCAAUGUAAGGAGGGUCUUCUUGGUAUCAAACAUGUCAUGAAUAUGCAAGAGCUGCAAAAAAGCCUUAAAAUUGAGGAGAUACAAACCAUUGUUGAUGAUAUAGGUAAAAAUAUUUUAGUAGGUGGAAACUUAAGAGCAGCCAUCCACUAUUCAAAAGAUAAUAACAAUAUUCACGAAGAAAUAGAUAGAUUCUGUGUGAAACUUUGUGAGAAUCAAGAGUGUAAAGAAGUUAAUAGGAUUAACUUCACAGAUUCGCAAACUCUACCAAAGGAAAACCAAGGUCUUCAUGUAUCAAUGAACAUUCCAGUUAAUUAUUGUGCAAAAGUCAUUCCAACAGUUCCUUACACGCAUGCUGAUUAUCCGAAAUUAAGAGUACUUUCUCGAUUCCUAACCUCCAAAUAUCUCCAUCCAAUAGUGCGUGAGCAGAAUGGUGCUUAUGGAGGAGGUGCUAUGUUGACAAUAGAUGGUAUUUUCAACUUCUACUCAUAUAGAGACCCGAAUUCACGUGUAACAAUGGAUGUGUAUGAUGAUACCACUGAUUGGAUGGCAAAAAAAUGA